AUGGGUGACAUUAUGUUUACAGCUUCCACAGGACUUGCCGUCCUUCUGUGUGUCGUACCAGGAAUCUUCCAUGUACAAACUCGAAAUUACGGAGCGAUAUUCAUGACAAUAUGGAUAAUAUUAUCAAAUUUCAUAAUCUUUGUGAAUUCGCUUUUAUGGCCAGAUCCUAUAAAUUUGGAAGAUAAAGCAGAAAUUUGGUGUUUAAUUUCUUCCCCAAUAUAUGUGGCAACUCAUUUCGGUCUUUUGGCCUCCAUCACUUGUAUGAUAUAUACAUUGUACUCCUAUGUUGCUUACCCUGUUAUCUUAACGGAAACGGUCAAAAGACGAGGAGCUAUAAGAGAUUUUAUUAUUAGUAUUGUAAUGCCACUCAUCUUCAUGGGCCUAUUUUAUUUAGUGCAAAAAAGAAAAUAUUCCAUCCGCCCUGUUCUUGGAUGUUUUAGUCCCGCUCAAAUCAAUUGGGUUUUCAUUAUCAUCAAUAACAUAUGGCCCCCGAUUAUUUCUUUAAUUGGUUGUUAUUAUUCAGGAAUGACCGCGUAUGCCAUAAUUAAAAAAAGACUUGAAAUCCAAUCACUCUUAAGGCAUAAUGAAUCCGGGCUUAGCUCUUCAAAAUUCUAUCGUCUAGUCUUCUUUUGUAUUACGUUUCUUAUCUUCGCCUUGCCAGCCGCUCUUCUCAACUUUUUCUCAAAUAUCUUGGAUGGUAUUGAACCAUAUGACAUGUACAAAAAUCGAUUAUAUUAUAAUGAUAUCGAAAAGUUCCCAGGAGAAACUAAUGGUGUAACAUUUGUGGAUUAUGCUAAACCUUUAGCUGGAUUUUUCGUAUUCAUAUUUUUUGGUACAGGACAAGAUGCAAUGACAGCUUAUGGAAAAUGGCUCAAGCUUCUCAAGUUGGAUAAAGUUUUCGGUUUUUGUAUUAUUUCUCGUUAUUUAUCUCGUAAAGAUGAUGAAACUUCUACUUCCUACUCUGGAACCCUUCGAAGUUUCCAAAGUAAUUCAACCUCAUACAACAGUAAUAAUACUAACGAAAAACAACCGCAAUUACCAAAAAAAUCCUUUCGAAAGUCUGAAACUUUUAACACAAAACAUAUCUUACCUCCUCCAAAUGUUUUAAUAAGCAAAGAAAAGAAAAUUAGUUUCAAAAAUAUUUUGUUCUUGAAUGGACAUCGUACUCCAAGUGAACAGGCCGCGUUCGAUUUAACGUCUGGCUUAAAAAUAAGAAUUGAUGGCAUAGACACCCAAACCGUCAUAGACGAAGUUGAUGAAGAUAUACAUUUGCUUAUUCCAACGCAUCAUCAAAAAGGAAUUCAUGAAACGUUACAAGUUGAAAAUGAUAAUGAUGAUGAUUUUGGAACGAACCGUUAUGUUGAAAAUUAUGAAAGUGAUGACUUGACAGAUUCUUCAACUUUAGAGAAUUCCGUGUCAUUGAAAGAGAUCACCCAAAUACAGUCAUUAAGUUUUGGAGAUAUAGGAAGUGUCAGUCACAUAGAUCAUUUGUUAUCAGUUUAUCCUGAACAUUAUCAAAAUCUUCCAACCAUUAAUGUUACCCCGUCAUCACCACAAUUUCAAGAAAAUACACCUUUGACACAAAACAAUAUAAAACAUCCAACUUAG